UCCUUUAUCGACGCGAGCAGAAAAACAAGAGCCGGGGUCCGAGUUCAUUCCAACUGCUGUUCGCAACGGGGCAGAAGCCGUCGACGACGCGCAAACAGGGUCUCGCUCGACGCAGCAUGGCGGGGCCGUACACGUCGCGUCGGUCGCCCGUGCUGUCGCUGGGCGGUGGAGCCAGCACCGACGACCCGCUCGCCACUGCCGCGGCCAUCGAGGUGCUGAAUCGUGGUGGAAACGCGGCGGACGCGGCGGUGGCAGCAGUGGCCGCGCUCCAGGUGCUCAAGCCGUACGCGACGGGCAUCGGAGGCGACUGCUUCGCCCUCUUCUACGACGCCCAGACGCGAGCCGUGCGCUGCAUCGACGGAAGCGGUCGCAGCCCUGCAGCCUUGACCCGGGAGCUGUUCGUAGCCGGAGCGAACUCUGGCAUGGAGGCCACCGUUCCUGGUGCCGUCAAGGGCUGGUUUGACACCCUGCGCCACUGCGGCAGCGGACAGGUGUCCAUGCGUGAGGUCCUGGCACCGGCCGUUCGUCUUGCCCGUGGUGGCUUCCCUGUGGGCGUGGUGAACGCGGCCCACUGGGCCACCUACGAAUCCAGGCUAGGCGACAUGGUGGGGGGAGCCUACUUCCUACCCACGCCCCGAGCGGGACAGGUGCUGCGAAACGAGCCACUCGGCGACCUGCUCGAGCGACUGGGCCGAGACGGCGCCGAUGCCUUCUACGAGGGGCCCGUAGCCGACGCGGUGGCGGCGGCUGUCAAGCGCGCGGGAGGCGUUCUGGAAGCGGCCGACCUCCAUCGACACCCGGCCGACAGCGGCGACGGCCUGGCGGCUCCCGUGAGCACCACCUACCGCGGCGCCCGGGUGCACACGGUGCCGUUUCCCAGCCACGGAAGCGUGCUUCUCGAGGCGCUCAACAUCCUCGAGCGGUUCGAGCUGCGCGACCGGGAACGAUGCGCGCACCUGCUGGUCGAGGCGCUGAGGCUGGCGCUCGCGGACGGCCUCGGCUGGGUGGCCGACGGGGGACCGGCGCGGGACGGCCGGAUGGCUUCCAAGGAGCACGCCGAGGGCCGCAGCGUGGACGUCGAGCGGGCCCGGCAGUGGAGCGAGGCGGACCUGCCGAACGCUCCGGAGCAGUCGCACACCGUGUUCCUGGUGACCGCCGACGAAAGAGGCAAUGCCUGCGCGUUCAUCAACAGCAAUUUUUUGGGCUUUGGAUGUGCCAUUGUCGAGCGGUAUGGAUUCGCAGUCCACUGCCGCGGCCGCGGGUUCAGCGCCAUGGCGGGCCACCCGAACUGCGCGGGCCCCUGCAAGAAGCCGUACCACACGUUGAUGCCAGUGCUGGUGACGGACACCGCGAGCGGUGACUGGUUGGCCGCGCUGGGCACCAUGGGUGGAUACACGCAGCCACAGGUCGACCUGCAGCUCCUCCUCGCCAUGAUGGAAGGGGGCCUCGACCCGCAGUCGGCGCUGGACGCUCCCAGGCUGUACAUCGGCGACGGCAGAACCCUGCGGCCGGAUGAUCCGCUCUUCCUGGAGGAAGGGUUUCCGGAGGACGUGGUCGCCGACCUCCGGCGCAGGGGUCACCGCAUUGCACCAUGCUUUGUGCCUCCUUCUGCUCGAAGCACCAGAAGCAUGGCCCACAUCGUCGCACGAGGCAGCUGGUGGGACCGCACUCGCGAGUGUGCGGUCGAGCAAGUGGCGCCAGUCCUGUGGUUCGGCUGCGAGCCCCGGAGCGACGGCGUGGCAGCCGCAGCACCGCCUCAAGAUGUACUCUGAAGACUGCGGCGUGCGCGGUCGCGCCAUGUCGCCGCAGCACACGCAUCAAGAAGCCUCAGACGAGCGAUGCAGUCAAGGUCACAUCCGCGGCUUCGCCAUCGAGCUUCAGGCGUUGUACGAAUGAAACUGACAUAGCGUCACAUAGUUAUUAAAGACGAAUGGGCUCUUUGGCGCAUUUUCCGAGGCUGAAGCAAAAUAAAGUGCAAUAAAAGGCAAAGAACUAGAAGAAACUGACAAGUAAGGGGGAUAACUGCAACAGGAGCUAAGCGGCUGUUGAAAGCGUCUUCGUACUGUACAUAGCACUCGCAAUAAUAUUCUCAAGAGUGGUAGCGGGAGGUAAACAAACAAGCCGGACCCCAUUAGAUAUACAUUAGGAAGUGUCAUAGAAUGAUAACAGUGGUAGAGCAAUUGACACAUGCAAGGACCAUCAUUCACUCGCAACACUCGCUUAGUCCUGUGGAAGUUCGCGCUCUGUCCCGUCUGUUUCUUCUCUUCCAUUGCCGUUGAUUUCGUUUCAGCCUGUGUGUUAUAUAGCGCAGGUGCACAUCUGGAGCAUUGCGCGUGGGCCGGAACUUCGCGUAGAAAGCGUUCAUAGUACACUCUGCCAACUUAUAGAGCAAGUAACAUGAAAAAAAUGUGUUAGUCGCUGGAACAAACUAAUCCCGCAUGUUCUGGUCUUUCUACUUACGUCACCUUCGGUUUGAAGCCGCGUAUAAAGUUUUGCGUCAGUUUGCGUCAAUCGCGUGCUCUUGUCUGGCGCCAGAUUCUCUGGCAUGCAUAUAUAUAUAUAUAUAUAUAUAUAUAUAUAUAUAUAAUAUCAUCAGCCUGGCUACGCCCACGGCAGGGCAAAUGCAUCUCCCAUACUUCUCCAACUACCCCGGUCAUGGGCUAAUUGUGGCCAUGUCCCUGCAAACUUCUUAAUCUAAUCCGCCCACCUAACUUUCUGCCAGCCCCUGCUACGCUUCCCUUCCCUUGGAAUCCAGUCCCUAACCCUUAAGGACCAUCGGUUAACUUCACUCCACAUUACAUGCUCUGGCCAUGCCCCAUUUCUUUUUCUGGAUUUCAACUAAGAUGUCAUUAACUCGCCUUUGUUCCCUCACCCAAUCUGCUCUCUUCUUAUCCCCUUAACGUUACACCCAUCAUUCUUCUUUCCAUAGCUCAUUGCGUCGUCCUCAAUUUAAGUAGAACCCUUUUC